AUGGUCUAUCAGAGGAUCAGUCCGGAUCGAAAAGAACGAGCUCUGUACCUACUUUUGGAGGAAGGGUGGGAGAUCGAGUGCAUCGCUGAUGUUCUUGGAGUGUCAUCGAGAAGUAUAGAGCAGUGGGAGGCAAAUUAUAAUGAAAAUGGAUGUGUUAACCCUCACUCACCAAUCAUGGGCCGCCCUUGCUUGUUGGAUCAAAUUAUGAAGGAUGAGAUCUGCGAGCUGCGAGCUGAAAACCCAUCUCUACCACUUGAUGAGAUCAGCGAAUGGCUUGCCAUAUAUCAUGAUCAGCCAAUAUCCAUACCAGCUCUUUACCACAACCUCAGGGACCUUGGACUUGCCUACAAAUGCUUGAGCAGGAUAGUGGCAGAAUGUGAUGACGGUUUUCGAGCCGAUUGGUUGCACAACAUGACAGUGAACUAUACAGCUGAACAGCUCGUGUUCCUGGACGAGUCAAGUAAAGAUGACCGCACCGUACUUCCUAGAUAUGUCAUUGAGGGAUCUGUAGACAGUGCGGAGUUCUACGAUUUUGUGGUUAACGAUUUGCCCAAUAUGAACCCAUUCCCUGGCCCCAACAGUGUAAUUGUCCUCAACAACUGUUCCACUCACAAGAGUGACGCUUUACGAGAAGCUGUAGAGGCAUCUGGUUUGCUAAAUGCUACUUUGCUUUGCCUGCAAGUCUGA